ACAAAGCGUUUUUAUUAUCGAUUUUCUUUAUCUUACAUUUUUUCGCUUUUCUUGUAAAUCUCUUUCUUAUAAUAUAAAGUUUUACGAGAGUAUUAAGCAAAUUUUUACGUAUUACGUUUUAUCUGUAAUUUCAUUCGCCUUAUUUCUACGUUUUUGUAACUUUUUUUUCAGUUCGUGAGGUGAAAAGCAUUAAAUUUCAUUACAACCGUUGUAAACUGCCAGACUUUAUUUAUGAUCACGAAGAGUUUUGAAAUAUGAACAUCCUUACAUGUAUUAAUUUUAUACCUUAAAAGAAAGCUCUGCUAUACAUGUGGUAUAUUUUAAAUAAACUAUACAAGUAUCCAGUUUCCAUACAAUUCAAAUACGGAUGUUAAUAGAUAUUACAUUCAGUCGUAUAUUUCAGUAAGACUUUUUAGCGAUAAAAUUUUGAAUAAUACAUCAAAUAACGUAUUUCUGGAGAACAUCUGGUGAUACAUUUUAGUAGGAUUUGGCGGGACGUUUAGCACCAUACUCAAUGGUACACCUUAAGUUCUUUGUGGUAUAUUUGCAAUCAGUUAAGGAUACCUCCUGAUUUGGCGACAAAGAUAUACAGCCAGGUAAACGGCAACUCCAGCAACACAACACACGAAUACUGUAUUCUUAUCACUCUUACUUGUAACUUCAUAGCAAGAAUUACAACCCAUUUUCUUACCCGGGUCAUUAUACUCGCACACUAACACGACGGCAAAUUGCAGCUAUUAUUCUGGAGUUACGGUAGCUUGUUUAAGAUAAUUGCAGGUGGGAUGCGUGUAAUGGCCUUGUAAUUGUUGAGUGCUGCGUAGUUAGGACAGCUUGCUGUUGAGGAGUUAGCGUGUGCAUGUGGUGAAGGUGACAGAGGUUCUUCACCUUUCCCAGUGAUUGGAAAAAGUUGAUUGCUUGGUCAUAUUUGCGUGCCUCGCUUUUGGCAGCGUUCCCAGCGCCUUGAGAUUGGAUGAGAUUGGACGUGGCCAUGUUACUACGGAAUUCAUGGUUAGUUAAUCAAUGUUAGUGUCAUGGAAAAGGCUGGGGUUUUGUAGAUUACGAAAGAAAAGAAAAGCUUAUCAAAGUGAAGGCGUGAAUGCAGUCAAUAUGUAGCGUUUAACACUUCUCCAUUCUGCCUCAAAAUAGCGCAUCUUUUCAGUACAAGUCCUUGGCGUUGCUAUGAAGCUCUGUGAAGCAAUUCAGGGAUCAACUCAAUUGAAGUCGACACCUCGUGCAUGAACAAACUAAUUCAGCUUCCAGUGGACGUGAGAAAUGAGCACACGCUUCAUUCUAUUCUACACUACUGCACUUUUAACCCUGAUGGCUUUCGGUUGACGAAGUCUUAGUGAGGAAUUACUAAUUCUUGCCCUCUGUAGUACAACAAAAAUAUCUGAAAACGUAGUAAUAGACAAUAGAUUACAAGCACAAUACUAAUAAUCCCGGAGCUUGUUUGUUCACACAGUUCACCUUCAUGGCUCUAAUUGGCAGAUAUGACGAGGGUUCCCAAGCAACCUUUACAAAAGCAAUCACUGGGUUAUCAAACAUUAAAAUUCAGAUGCACAGGAAAGUAAAGAUUUUGAAGCAUUCACUGCUGCCGCUGCCAAUCAGACGCUGGGGAUCUGAAGUGACGAUGUCCAGCAGUUUGUUAGAUGUGCAGGCUCAGACUGAGGCGGCAGGCAGUAGGCGCAGUCGCUUCCAGACAAGCGAAAAGGGAGGACUAGAUGGCUCAUCCUCGCGUCUACGAUGCUUCCAGCCAGCCUCACAACACCUCCAGCUGCCUUAGAAUCGGUGUUGUUGAUGUCAGUCAUAAUACCUGUCUUGCUCUUAGAUUAACGCUGUGGUUUUAUCUUUGUGCUUUUGUAGAAACUUAGUAUUUUUCUUUUUAAGGGGAGGGAGAGGAUUUUCAGUCAUUCAUAUCCAAAAUUAUAUAAGGCUUCAUACCUGUUUUCAAAAGUAUCAGGAUCACACCUAGAGGAUCACUCAUAGAGGUGAGUGGUCUGAGUUCACGGUUCCUCAUGUCCCACGGAAGGUAUCACCCACAGUUCCCUGGAAUAUUGAAUGUGCGGAAAAGUCCGGAUGGUCUGCGGGCGUCAGGGCCAAUCGUGCCCCUAAUGGAGAUGGUCGCCUCCUCCUUCAAGACAUGCUUGGUGUACGUGUUUCCCGAGGACAGGCUGUUUGGAGUGCAGCUUCCCAACGGCACCUGGAAUGGCAUCUUUAGCUUGGUGCAGGAUCAGAAGGUGGACAUGAGUGGCGUGCCGCUCAUUAUGUCGCCUGAACGCAUCAAGGUAUUCGACGCGGGGGAGUGGAUUCAGUCUGCUUUCCGCUCCAUCGUGCACUUGCGUCCCACACCUGAGGCAGACAUCCUGGGCUUCGUUAAGCCUUUCACGAUGCAGGUUUGGGGACUCUUCCUGGUGACUAUGUUCUUUGUGUGGAUGUGUCUGUGGGCCACGCAGAGCCUUCAUCGCUCUAACGUUAGAGAGAAGGGAGGAUCCACUUUAGGAGGAACACGGGCAGCUGUGGGGUGGACGUCCUUCCUCUGGGCUUACGUGCAUCCCUUGGCGCAGCCCUCGGCCUGGCUACCGCGCGGGGGUGUGCGGCUGGUUGCUGGCGUGUGGCUGUUGCUGACCCUCGUCCUUGCUCAAAUGUAUCGCUCCAACCUGAAGGCCAUGAUGAUCUUGCCGCGCCUCCCCCUGCCCUUCGAUUCCCUGGAGGAGCUCAUCGAGUCCGGCAUCUCUUGCUACGUGGUUUCCUCCACCAAGUUCCACAAUGCAAUCCUGGGCGCAGACUCUGACAGCCAAUUCGGUCGUUUGCGAGGCCAGUUAGUGGUCCACAAUGACCUACCCAGGGCCACCCGCGACCUCAUCCAAGGGAAACACGCCGCCAUCGCCGCCCACUUCUCCCUGCUCAACAUCGUCCAUAGUAUCUUUCGAAAUACGGGGACCUGUCCCCUCUACUUUGCCUCAGAGACUAUACAACCUGAAUGGAACUAUUUUCUGUAUCAGAAGGCUUCCUCGUGGAGACCCAAAGUGGACGUGAUUAUUAGGCGGCUGCGGGAGUCCGGUAUCCUGGAUAGACUUUUCCUGGAGGAGCAGUGGGAUGCCCGACAUUGCCUCCAAGGGGGGUCCUCGGACCUCCUCGCCAACAGGUUGCGUGCCCUCGAGUUCAAGGACUACUACGGCGUGCUCAUGAUGUAUUGCGGAGGAAUGAUGCUCGCGGGCAUGACACUACUGAUGGAGAUGCUGCUCGGAGGUAUCAGCCUCACACAUGGGUCUUCCAUUAUUUAUCCCUUUGUGUCUCUCUCACCUGCUCGCGUACCCUGGAUUGCCGCACCUCCUGCCGCCUCUGCUGGGCUGAAGUGAAGUGUUGCGUCCAGUCAUAGCGUAGCCCACGACUGACCAUGACUCAAGACGUGAUGGAACUGAACUGAAUUCUGAAUGUUAUGUAUCUUGACAUGCAAUAAAACUAAAUUAUAAUUAGAAUAAACAAUUAAUUCUCUCUCUCUCUCUCUCUCUCUCUCUCUCUCUCUCUCUCUCUCUCUCUCUCUCUCUCUCUCUCUCUCUCUCUCUCUCUCCAGAGAAAGUCGAGCUGGCAUAUAAUAGACAGGCACUACAUACAAAGUUACAUAACCCAAGUUCGCUUGGGGAAACUACAGCGCGGGAUAUACCGAACAGGCAACUGUAUGAACUUGGAAGCAGAAAAACAGCCCUAAAUAGGUGAACAGGCACCUCACAUAGGGAGAGUACGAGUACAGAAGCACGCCUGGCGCUUGCUACGCCAGCUCAUUGAGGGGACGCGGCUCUGCUCACAGACUCACUGAUAGCAAUACAACCCUAACACUUGUAAACAUGGCAUGACAUACUGUAACGUGAAGACUUUUUUUUCUAUUAUAAGUAGUCUUAUGGAGAUGAUUAUUACAUGCAAAUGAGGUUUGGUUGUUUUGACUAGUAAGAUGAAAGGAAUGAGCUGCGUACUGCGUGAACAGAUUGGGCUAAUGUGGCUGGCUUUUACCUAAUAUUUUUUAAAAGAUGAUAUGCUUCUAACUUGACAGAGACGGGUUUGGGUGCCGUAUGAGUGGAUGAAAUUAAGUUAACUGAAUUUGGUAGAAACAAACAAGAUUUUGAAGUUGUAGGGGAGACACUGAACACUGCAUGAUUAGGAUAGACUAAAUCAAGCAAGGUUUGGUAGAUUUCUAAUGUGACAGGGAUGGCACGAGUACUUUACGAGCAUGCGAAAUCAAAUUUAUGGAUUCUGGUGAAAGUAAACAAAAUUUGAAAUUGUGGGGAUAAAUUGAGCCCUGCAUGGCUAGGA